GUUAACCCCCCUCUUUCAUUUUUUUUAUCUUUAUUUUGCUCACCGAGGCAAGAGUGCCUUAUUUAGAAUACAGCCCCCCCCCCACCCACCACCACCAUCUCUCCUGCUCCCCGCACGACCGCGUGAGGUCCACAGCACCCCUGUUGCCUGCCUCCUGUGCCGAGCCGCAAAAAGUGGGUUUCCUGAGAUUUCAGAAAGAAAGAAGGAGAAGGGAGAGGACACAGCGUGUUUUCUGUGGUAGUUGUGCGUGGGGUCAAUGCAAGGGGAGUGUCCGUGCAGGCCGGUGAGUCGCAGGCGGACAGCCGGUGGUUAUUUUGAAAGCGGUUCCGCGGCGCGCGCCGCGGUUCUGGGAGGGCGGGGCCGGAGGUGGGGGGUGACGUCGCGCUGGUUUUUUUAAAAUCGGUGUUUUUUGGGAAGACCCCCCUCCCCUCCCUUCACCUACCCGACACACUGCAUGAGGAGUCGAGCAGAGUAGCGGAAAACUCGCUUAGCUUAGGUUGCAUUUGGAAACCCUAAUUGAGUUGUUCGGCGAUUAAAUUGACAGGCUCCUUUUUUUUUUUGUCCUGUUGAGCUUCCGUUGAGAAGGAUCAUCAUCGGUCAUUAUCUGAAAAGAGGCAACGUUUUUAGAUAGACGCGUGCAUAGAUUUUUUUUUGCUCUUAAGCUCAUAAGCCACUCGCUCACGCCGGAGUGAGUAAAUCAAGAAAAAAAAGUGAAGUUUUUCUCUUCACGUAAGGAAGACACACUUUUCUCUGACUCGGCUGAAUUUUAUUUAUUUUUAUUUGGGGAAAAAAGGUUGAAAGGGAAGACUCGCUUCAGCUGUCAUUGUCAAGCGUAAUUUUCGUGCACUCUGGAGAGGAUUUAUUGGAUGGAGGUCCUUGCAAAGUUCAUCCUUACGAACUGAGAUACCCAUCACCAUGGAAAAAUAGCCAUGACAGUCUGAAGAAAAUGACUUUUAAUUUAACAUCAUGCAUCCUGGAAUCUGAUUUCAUACAUCUUUGAAGGAUUUGAUCAGGUGUAUGGAAAGGAUCUGGUUUGAUCACUAAGGAUUUCUUUCUUCACGGAGGAAGCACUUUUCUGUCCUAGUUGCAGCUGCAUAUAGUACUGGAGCCAUGGCGAAUAAUUCAGUGGCAUACAGUGGUGUGAAGAACUCAGUGGCUGAAGCCAACUGUGAAGGAGAGUUUGGAUGCACAGUUAAAGAUUUACGAGUUCUUAUGGAACUGCGUGGAGCCGAAGGAUUACAUAAGAUACAGGAUUGUUAUGGAGAUGUUCCAGGACUUUGUGCAAGAUUGAAAACAUCACCAAUUGAAGGUUUAAGUGGCAAUCCUGCAGACAUUGAGAAAAGACAAGCAGUGUUUGGAAAGAACUUUAUACCUCCAAAAAAGCCAAAAACAUUUCUACAAUUAGUAUGGGAAGCAUUGCAAGAUGUAACGCUAAUUAUUCUAGAAGUUGCAGCCAUAGUUUCAUUAGGCCUUUCUUUUUAUAAACCUCCAGGUGGAAACACAGAAGCCUGUGGUACGGCAGCUGGUGGUGUUGAAGAUGAAGGGGAAUCGGAGGCAGGCUGGAUUGAAGGGGCAGCAAUUCUGUUGUCUGUUAUAUGUGUGGUGCUAGUAACAGCUUUUAAUGACUGGAGUAAAGAGAAACAGUUUCGUGGAUUACAAAACCGAAUUGAACAAGAACAAAAGUUUACUGUGGUUAGGGGUGGCCAGGUCAUCCAGAUACCUGUUGCAGAAAUUGUUGUUGGUGACAUUGCACAAGUCAAAUAUGGUGACCUCCUACCUGCCGAUGGUGUGCUGAUUCAAGGAAAUGACCUAAAAAUUGAUGAAAGCUCACUCACUGGGGAGUCUGACCAUGUCAAGAAGAAUAUAGAAAAAGAUCCAUUGCUGUUGUCAGGUACCCAUGUAAUGGAGGGUUCUGGAAAAAUGGUAGUCACUGCUAUAGGGGUGAACUCCCAAACUGGAAUAAUCUUCACUUUACUUGGAGCUGGGGAUGAAGAUGAAAAAGACAAAGAAAAGGAUGAGAAAGAGAAGAAAAAAGACAAAAAAAACAAAAAGCAAGAUGGAUCUACUGAAAAUCGCAACAAAGCUAAAGCUCAGGAUGGUGCUGCUAUGGAAAUGCAGCCUCUUAAGAGUGAGGAUGGUGGGGAUGGUGAUGAUGCUAAGGAAAAAAGAAAAGCAAAUUUGCCAAAGAAAGAGAAAUCUGUUCUUCAAGGGAAGCUCACAAAACUAGCUGUCCAAAUUGGCAAAGCAGGGCUUGUGAUGUCUGCCAUUACUGUCAUUAUCCUUGUGCUGUAUUUUGUCAUUGACACCUUCUGGAUCCAAGGACGUCCGUGGCUUAAAGAGUGCACACCAAUUUACAUCCAAUAUUUUGUCAAGUUCUUCAUCAUUGGUGUCACAGUAUUGGUUGUUGCAGUACCUGAGGGUCUUCCUCUUGCUGUUACUAUUUCUCUGGCUUACUCUGUCAAAAAAAUGAUGAAUGAUAAUAAUUUGGUAAGGCAUCUGGAUGCCUGUGAAACCAUGGGUAAUGCUACAGCUAUCUGUUCUGAUAAAACUGGAACUCUGACCAUGAACCGAAUGACUGUUGUUCAAGUAUACAUUGCAGAUAAGCAUUACAGAAAGAUCCCUGAACCAGAAGCUAUCCCCGAGAACACUUUGGACCUCCUUAUUACAGGGAUUGGAGUUAACUGUGCUUACACUACUAAAAUCCUGCCUCCUGAGAAAGAAGGUGGCCUGCCACGCCAUGUAGGGAACAAAACUGAAUGUGCCUUGCUGUGCUUUGCUUCAGAUUUAAAAAGAGACUACCAGGCAGUACGGAAUGAAAUCCCAGAAGAAAAGCUCUACAAAGUCUAUACUUUUAACUCGGUCAGAAAAUCCAUGAGCACAGUCCUUAAGAAUGUAGAUGGAAGUUACCGCAUGUUUAGCAAAGGAGCAUCAGAGAUUCUACUGAAGAAGUGUUUUAAAAUUCUCAAUGGGAAUGGUGAAGCCAAAGUUUUCAGACCCAGGGAUCGGGAUGAUAUGGUGAAGAAAGUUAUUGAGCCCAUGGCUUCAGAAGGACUAAGAACUAUUUGCGUGGCAUACAGAGACUUCCCAGCUGGAGAACCAGAGCCUGACUGGGAUAAUGAGAAUGACAUAUUAACAAGUUUGACCUGUAUCUGUGUGGUAGGAAUUGAGGACCCAGUAAGACCAGAGGUUCCGGAUGCUAUCAAAAGGUGUCAACAAGCCGGGAUCACAGUUCGUAUGGUUACUGGGGACAAUAUAAACACAGCUCGUGCAAUUGCCACAAAAUGUGGAAUUUUACAUCCUGGGGAUGAAUUCUUAUGCUUGGAAGGUAAAGAGUUCAACAGGCGAAUACGGAAUGAAAAAGGAGAGAUUGAACAAGAACGCAUUGAUAAGAUAUGGCCUAAACUUCGGGUACUAGCAAGAUCAUCUCCGACUGAUAAGCAUACGUUAGUGAAAGGUAUCAUUGACAGCACAGUAGUAGAACAAAGGCAGGUUGUGGCAGUAACAGGGGAUGGUACAAAUGAUGGCCCUGCCUUGAAGAAAGCAGAUGUUGGAUUUGCGAUGGGCAUUGCUGGUACAGAUGUAGCAAAAGAAGCUUCUGAUAUCAUCCUUACGGAUGACAACUUUAGCAGCAUUGUCAGAGCUGUGAUGUGGGGAAGAAACGUAUAUGACAGCAUCUCCAAGUUUCUCCAGUUCCAGCUUACUGUCAAUGUUGUGGCUGUAAUUGUUGCUUUCACUGGUGCCUGUAUUACACAGGAUUCUCCCCUAAAAGCUGUACAGAUGUUAUGGGUCAAUCUGAUCAUGGACACAUUUGCGUCUUUGGCUUUGGCAACUGAGCCACCCACUGAAUCACUUCUGCUGAGAAAACCUUAUGGCAGAAACAAGCCUCUAAUCUCUAGGACGAUGAUGAAGAACAUUCUCGGGCAUGGAGUAUAUCAGUUGACUGUAAUUUUUACGCUGCUUUUUGCUGGUGAGAAAAUCUUUGACAUUGACAGUGGAAGAAAUGCACCACUCCAUGCCCCCCCAUCAGAGCACUACACUAUUGUCUUCAACACAUUUGUCAUGAUGCAGCUAUUCAAUGAAAUCAAUGCUCGUAAGAUCCAUGGUGAGAGAAAUGUCUUCGAUGGGAUCUUCAACAACCUCAUCUUCUGUAGCAUUGUGUUUGGGACAUUUAUUAUACAAAUAAUUAUCGUCCAGUUUGGAGGAAAACCAUUUAGCUGUACAGGUCUCACUAUUGAUCAGUGGCUUUGGUGUAUCUUCCUGGGAGUUGGUGCUCUUCUUUGGGGCCAGUUGAUUGCUACCAUUCCUACAAGCCGUUUGAAAUUCCUUAAAGAAGCAGGCCAUGGCACUCAGAAGGAAGAAAUCCCAGAUGAGGAGCUUGAAGAGGACAUGGAGGAGAUUGAUCAUGCUGAGAGAGAGUUGCGCCGAGGACAGAUACUUUGGUUCAGAGGUCUCAACCGAAUUCAGACUCAGAUGGAUGUAGUGAAUGCUUUCCAGAGUGGAAGUUCCUUUCAGGGGGCUCUAAGGCGGCAACCCUCCAUCGCCAGCCAACAUCAUGAUAUCCGAGUAGUGAAUGCAUUCCGCAGUUCCCUAUAUGAGGGAUUGGAGAAACCAGAAUCCAGGAGCUCCAUCCACAACUUCAUGACCCAUCCUGAAUUCCGGAUAGAAGAUUCUGAGCCCCACAUCCCUCUCAUUGAUGACACAGAUGCUGAGGAUGAUGCACCUACUAAGCGCAACUCCUCAUCACCCCGCAAUUCUUCUCCCCCACCUUCACCAAAUAAAAACAAUAACGCUGUUGACAGUGGUAUCCACCUCGCCCUCGACACAAGCAAAUCGGCUACCUCUUCUUCCCCAGGAAGCCCGCUUCACAGUCUGGAAACAUCACUCUGAUUGGAGCGCAGAACACAGCAACUGCUUUUUUUUACAUAAUUGAACAUUUUUCAGGGGAAAGAAAUGUUUUGAGGAGGGUGGCUCGAUAAUAUCCUCUGUAUUCAUAGCUUGUGUUGGACUGAAGAAGAAGAAAACAUUCAGAAGAAUGUGGGUUUGGUUUUGAUGUAUUUUUUUGUUCUUUGUGUCCCUUCAAAAAACAAAGGUGGCUCUUAAUUUCUGCUUCUUCCUCCCCAAUAAAUCUUUCGUGGUGGAAGGGGGAUGUUUAAACUCAGAUUAAAGGUGACUUCUUGAGAGGUAUGGGGAUUGUCCUCUACUGAAGAAACAGCUGUAAAGGUAGAACUGAGAUUACCAAUGCUUUUGUUACUCUUAAUCUGAAUGGUGUUAUUUUUUGGCCCUUUGCUCAUUUAAAUAUAAUUUCUGCCAUUGGCUGUUAAUAUUUUGAAUUAUUUAUGUUCUUGAAGAAAGCAGAUCUGUUUACAAGGUUUGUAGAUACUUUUUUCUGUUGUAGGUGAAAAGCUUCCUGACACGUCAUGCAAUGAUAUAAAAUAAAAUGGAAUGAAAGUAAACUUUCAGAUACUGCUGUAUUUUCAGGAAUAAGGGUGUUUCUAUUGAAACUGUACUAUUUUUGCCUGCAAGUUGUAUUUGUUAAAUAUUUGUAGAUAAAUAGCUAAUACUUAUAGCCAAACAGAUAACACUAAGGCUUGUAUAGCAAUGAGCAGAGGUGUUUGUAGUAGGUUUGGGGAGGGAGGCAGGGGAGGGGAACAGUGGCCUCUGUCUAGUUACAUUUCUAUAAAUAUUUACUACUUUAAUUGCUUUAAAACUUUUUCAAAGUUAAGUUUCCCAUGUUCCUGGGGAACUGUUUAUUGAGUAAUGUUUUGAAUUGAGGGUGGGAGGGUGGGGCUCAGGGGUUGAUUCUUUAAAAAAAAUUUAUGCAGUGAUGUAAAUAUCGGGUUUUCACUGUCCAGAUCUCCAAAACCAAGGGUAUAAUCACUAUAGUAGUCGAGACAAUUACUGGCCAUGAGAAAGAAAACUGGGAGACAAUCCUUUAUUUGAAAACACCUACAUUCAUAACAUCAGUAAUCUACCCCUCACUCAGUCCCUGCCAAUGUACAAUAAUACUUUUUAAAACAACUCAGGCGUAGAAUCAAAUUUAAAGGUAAAUAUCCAAAUGAUAAGCAUAUUAACCUUACUCUUUUUGUUUUGUUUAGGUAGUGUAUUGUCUUGGUCAAAAGUGGGUGAUUUUUUUCCUCCUAGUAAAUAUUUAAUACUUCCCAUUGAGAUUUUUAAGGUUAUUGAACUUUUGAAGACAUCAAAUAUCUGUUAGCAUUUUCUUUCUUCAUCUUAAUACUAAUUGCUUAAGAUUCCCCUAAAAGUUCUAAAAUGUUGCUGCAUUUUCAUGUUUUGUAGAUAUUUUGGCACCUGAUAUACUGGAAACACUAAAGUUUUGAUGGAUUUAAAGAACGAUUAAAGAUAUACACUGGUAUUGCUGCACAAGGUACUUUAUUUCAUAACACCUCCCAUUUAGAAAAUUUGAUACAGAUGACCGUGUAAAAUGUACCUUUGUAUUUUUUAUGAAAAAUGCAGAAGUAAACUUUUUGACCUACAGAACCAUAGUUUGGGUUUUUGAAAUGAGUCAGUUGCAGGGUUGGACUGGGUGUCAGCGGGGAGGGUGGGGUGUGAUGGUUCUGAUAGGAGUAUCUUUCUCAGGGUGGCAAAUAGUAUGUUUUAGAAGUAGGUAUUUAUAAAAGCCUACAGUCAAAAUACUAACAUUUUUUUAUGUUGUGAAAUAUAGCUUGUUAACCAUGUGGGUUGUUUUAUUUUCUUGUGUUGCAGCAGGGUUCAAAUGCAGAUUUUUUCCCCUCCUCCUGGACACCUUGCAAACCAAAUGUUAGUAUUGCGAGGGAAGGAGGGAGGGGAGAGGGGAUGUAAUGCAAUUCUUCACUCAGCUCAUUUGCGAAUUUAUUUUGGAUUGACUUUUUUCCUUCGUUUUACAAAAAUAAGAAAUAGCUUGAGAUUGAAAAAACAAAAAAUGGAAAAAGAUCCAUAAAAUGUUUAUUCUGCAGCUUCUUCCUAUUACGGGAAUGAAUGUUUAUCCAUCUGUUUUAUGGAUUAUUAUUUUUUUUUAUCUUAACAUUUGGAAAUAAAAGUACUUAAUGUCUGUUUAUCUUCAGCAAUGUUAAUGGUUAUUGUGAUUCGAUUUACAUUUGAAACUUGUCGAGUAAUGUGUAUGGUUUUUAAAAAUAAAUGAAUAUUUAGCCUA